AAUUCAAUGAUUGUUGUUGUUCGUCAACUUCACUUUAGUUAGUCUGAACAAUGCAUCUGACAUGGCUGUUAGUAGGUUUUCUAAUUUCAGGAUUGGAGGCAGUGCCACUGAUUAUGUCAGUGACGAGGAAAAUUAAUAUGUUAAAUGAAUCGGACACAGACGACUUAACAACAGGAAACCAUAUAGUUGCUGUUGACUAUCACUUGGCCAGAGGGGAAAUCUACUUCAGUGACUUAGCAACAGGUCAAAUAUUCAGGACAUUGCUGAGUCCCUUUGAGUCUCAGAAGCCUAGUGUGAUUGCGGAGAUCAAGGUGUCUGACGGGUUGGCUGUAGACUGGGUGCAUGACAAUCUCUACUGGACAGAUACAGUGAGAGUGACAGUGGAGGUCGCUACCUUGGAUGGUCUCUAUCGGAAGGUUUUGUUCAACGCUACUCAUGGUCUCCAGAAACCAAGAGCCAUUGUGCUAGAUCCAAAAAAUGGAGUUCUAUUUUGGAGUGACUGGGGAGACGACUCCAGAGUCAACUCAGCAGGGCUUGAUGGCAAAAAAAUGAAAACAAUUGUUUCUUCAAACAUUUACUGGCCAAACGGAUUAACAUUAGAUUUAUCUAAAUCAAAACUUUACAUCCUGGAUGGAUUUUUAUCGACAUUAUCAUCAUGCAACUAUGAUGGCUCUCAGGUUACAGUUCUUAGCAGAUCUCCAGACAAUUUUCAACAAGGUUUCGGUUUAACAUACUACGCAAACACAUUGUAUUGGAAUUCUUGGCGCCAUCGGGCUUUGUUUAAAAUGAAUAUAGACGAAUUACAAAGAGAAACUGUACUUCAAGUGAAUGGUUUGCGAGGGAUUUUAGAGCGAAUGAUGGGGUUGAAGGCGGUCCAUGCCAGUCUACAGCCAGCCCUGCCCCAGACAGUGCAGGAUCCCUGCAGCAACAGUAACAGUCAGUGUACCCAUCACUGUCUAGUCGGUAGAGAUCUCACCCCAACCUGCAUAUGUGCUUUUGGAUACAAACUGGCGGCUGAUGGCAAGACGUGCAUUGAAGAAGGCUACCUUUUGGUCUCUUGGAGGCUAACUAUUAACCGUUUAUCUAUGGAUGGUCAUGAUUUGGAACCACUCAUAGACACUACAAAGGCAGCUAUAUCACUUGGAUAUCAUUUUAAAAAGGGUUUGGUAUUUUGGAGUGAUGUGAUGGAGCAUAAAAUAUACAGGGCUCCUCUGGACCAAUUAAACAACAAGUCUGUGGUGGCUUCGCCACAUACUUGCGAUGGUCUGACUGUAGACUGGGUACAUGACGUCAUCUACUGGACGGACACUGAACAUGACACUGUGGAGGCAGCCCAACUAGACGGCUCCAAACAUCUCAUCCUCUUCGACACAGACCUAGACAAGCCACGAGAUAUCGCUGUUGACCCGCUUGAAGGGUUGUUGUUCUGGACAGAUUGGGGUGAUACGCCAAAAAUUGAACGCUCAACUUUGAAUGGAAAAGAGCGUAAAGUUAUCAUUGAUUAUGAUCACAUAUGGCCAAAUGGAAUCACGCUUGAUAUCCCAUCCAAACAAAUUUACUAUGUAGAUGGGAAAAUUGGAACCAUUUAUAAAACCUCUUAUGAUGGAUCACAUAGAGAAGUUGUCUUUUUGUCAUCACCGACAACAUCCUUGCAUUUGUUCGCAAUAACUCUUUUGAAUAACGAACUUUAUUGGACAGACUGGCAGUCUAGAUCUUUGUACACUUCGCCAAAAUAUAACAUUACUGUUGCGAAACAACUUUUUACUUCAAAGCAUAUAUUAUUGACUCCGAAUGGAAUCAAGGCAGUUCAUUCAUCUCUUCAACCAACAAAAGAAAACCCUUGUGCGAAAGUUAAUUGUAAAAACUUGUGUCUAGGCACCAAGUUCCAAACUGCUGUUUGUAUGGGAGAAGAGGAAAAACAUGAACCCCAUGAUGCUACUCCUGGUAAUCUUCAGUUUGUGAAAACUAUAUAUAAUGACUCCAUUACCAUUACGAUGGCUGAAGACAUGAAGCUAGCAAUUGUCCUCGUUGAUGUUCGAUGUUUAGGCAGAGAAGGUUGUCCCGAUGAUGUUCCUUGUUUUAAAAAACCUAUAAGUCCAUCAACAAAGACUAGGUUAUAUUUACAUGAUACCAGAGAUAUCAUAAAUAUUACAGAUCUGUUACCUGCAUCUCAUUAUGAAAUAGAAGUAACGUUACAUACUUCACCUCCUGAGGUCAGGAUUUUCAACAUUACAACCCUUGCCACAGAUCCCCCAGAAACACCCUAUAUCACUUCUGUUGACAAGCAGGGAAGUAGUGUAACAGUUAAAUGGGACCCUGUAGAUAAAUGUUUCCCCAGCUUUAACUCAUACAACUACAAGUUGUUCAAGACUGGUGCUGAGGACAAUAAUACACAAGAGGGGCGAACCAACUUGACGCAGGUCACUUUUGAAAACCUUGAGCUUGAAGUCAGUUACACAGUCCAUGUUUACACUACCAACCCACAGUAUCACUCAUCAAUUACAUUUAAUUUGGAAAAAGAAUGCCAAGAUCAGAAUCUGUUUUGUGAUGGAAAGGAAGAUUGUGCUGAUGGAAGUGAUGAAGAUGUAAAACUUUGUGCGGCUAUAGAAAAAAUGGUUGUGUACAAGAAAAGUAACUCUGAAGUCUACCUAAGAGUUGAUGUAACCAAUGGGACUGUGAAUCGGUUGGACAAAUUUAUUGUGAGUUAUAGCAGUGAGAAAUCAGACAAAACUGAGCAAAUGGAAAUACCUGCAGAACCCUGUCUGAUGUGGCCAGAAUCCUACUGCCUCUAUGUGUCUUCUCUUGAGCGCAAUAAGGUUUAUGAUUUUAAGAUUUCUGUAUCACUGAAAGGUGGGAAAAUUGGAAAUAAAUAUUCCGUAUCUACAAUCACAAAAGAAGAAGCUUCAGGGCCUCCUGAGAAUGUACGAGUCAUCAAACACAACGCUACAUGCUUGAUAUAUCAAUGGACUCAUCCAAAUCAAAGCAAUGGUAUAAUCAAAAGUUUCCUCAUCAGCAUUGAUGAAACAGAAGCAUUUGAAGAAGACAAGUGCUGCCAGGCUCUACCCAUCAUAUCUUUGCCUGCCCCUGAGGAGGAACUUCUUUAUGAAACUUCGACGUCUAGUUUGACUCCUGCAUCAUCUUAUGCAAUAAGUAUUACGGCCAAAAACAAGUAUGUAGGCACCCCUGCAACACUUACUGUAAACACUCCUCCACCACCCAUGGAAGUGAUCAGGAUGCCACAGGUAGAGGUGUCGUCUGUACUGCCGUUGUCAUGGAAACCACAGGAUGAGCAGGGAGAACUACCUCUGUACCACAGCCUUGUCAGAUCUUAUAUGUUGCUGCUUUUCCCACCUAAAACUGAACCAUUGACUCAGAUAGGGCCUGAAAUCAAGAAUGUUGAAGAUGAUAUCACAGAGAUACUGCAAACAACUUUUGGAGACAGAUAUAUUGUUCUUUGGGACAAGAAAGUGGAAGAUACAGAUGCUUUCAAGAGCCCUAUAAAAGUAGACAGGCUGACAGCUCUCAAGCAAUACAAGCUGGCUUGGGUGCAGGUGGCACAAUAUAAGGAUUCUCACAGCAUUGACUACUUGGAAUCUGAUCCAUUCAUCACUGUUUGAUGCCAUAACACCUCCACUAGACUAUAAUUUAUUUGGACUAUCGUGUAAAUAAAAAUUGUAGUUCCAA